UAUGCCGCUGCUCGAAUAAAAUAUCUGGACUGACCACAACAACACCGGAGACCACGGACCAGACUCUCCUGUCCCUCCAAGUAGGAGCUCUGCCUGCAACUUCAGAUUAAUCUCAGAUGCAUAUGAACUUUUUGCAUAUGCCAUUCCAUUUUGGAGUCCCGGGACUUUUUGGUACACUUUUCCACUCGCCUGCGCUGCGCCCUGUGAAUGUCACACACUGCCUCUUCUGAUUGUGUGAGAAACUUUCUAUCCGGGCCAUGCUGCAGUGACUUCAGCCCGCUGCCUGGGACCUCAUGAUCAAGUUGUAAGCAGCCGGAGGCAAAGGAGGAUGCUUGGAAAAUAUUUAUAACACAAGGAGGAUACGAAACUUUCGUGUUACUUCAUCGAGCAGCAGUAAAUCACAAGGAGGCAAGUGGGCUGCAGAGGUGAAGCGAGGACAAGACAGGUUGGUGGCUCCAAAUUCACCGUGCUCGAGUUUCAGACGCCCUGGGGGCUCCUGGUAUUAACGCGUGCAUUUGACCUGGGAUAAGUUGUCAACAAGAGCAGCGAGCAGAGGCAAACUGGCAGGUGUACAAGUUCAUUUACAUGCAGACGUAUAUUCACGCCACUAUAUAUAGAAGUUGUCUUAGGGACGAGCAGCCUUAAAAAGUUUCCCCACCCACCCUCCGGCCUUGCAGCAGCUCCACGCACCGGGCGUGUGCGUGUGUUUAUAUAUACACCACACAGGCUUUUAUUGCUCUUCACAAUCUGUAUUCGAGAGGGCUGCCCGCCGUCGGUUUGGCUGUCAGGGCAGGAGUCGUCGCAUGGACUGAAAUGGCCACCGACCUCGCCAUGAGCGCAGAGCUGCCCAACAGCCCUCUGGCCAUCGAGUACGUCAAUGACUUUGACCUGAUGAAGUUUGAGGUGAAGAAGGAGCCGCCGGAGGCCGACCGCUACUGCCACCGCCUCCCGUCGGGCUCUCUGUCCUCCACCCCGAUCAGCACCCCUUGCUCCUCUGUGCCUUCCUCGCCGAGCUUCUGCGCCCCGAGCCCGGGCGCGCAGCCCAACCAGAGCCUGACCAGCGGGGUCAACAGCAGCGGCAACAGCAGCGGCAGCAGCGGCAACAACAACAAUCACAGCAACGCGGGGAAGCCUCAGCUGGAGGACCUGUACUGGAUCCCUAGUUACCAGCACCACAUCAACCCCGAGGCACUCAACCUGACCCCGGAAGACGCGGUGGAGGCCCUCAUCGGUAACGCGCACCAUCAUCACCACCACCACCAGGCCUACGAGGGCUUCCGCGGGCAGCAGUACGUCGGAGAGGACCUGUCCACGGCCUCGGCGGGCCACCACCACCAGGCCCAUCACCACCACCAUCACCACCACCACGGCCACCACGCCCGCCUGGAGGACCGCUUCUCGGACGAGCAGCUGGUCAGCAUGACGGUGCGGGAGCUGAACCGGCAGCUGCGGGGCUUCAGCAAGGAGGAGGUGAUCCGCCUGAAGCAGAAGAGACGCACCCUGAAGAACCGUGGCUACGCGCAGUCCUGCCGCUUCAAACGCGUCCAGCAGAGGCACAUGCUGGAGACCGAGAAGUGCACCCUGCAGAGCCAGGUGGAGCAGCUGAAGCAGGACGUGGCGCGCCUUGCCAAGGAGAGGGAUCUUUACAAGGAGAAGUACGAGAAGCUGGCCAGCCGGACCUACAAUGCCGGUGGACCCGCGAACACGAGAGAUCCGUCCGGGAAACAGGCCAACACCGACUUCUUCAUGUGAGAGACUGACGAUUUGUAGCAUAGACUCUGAAUUACACCCACCUAAACAUCCUUGUUACAUUAAUUUAUAUUUUUCUGCGUUUGUAUUUUGUUUACACUUAUUCCCUCGACAGAAAAGACUUCAAACACAACAACUAAACAAAGAAGCAUUAGAUGCGCAUUUUUGAGUCUUAAAGAUGUUUCGGCAAAACUUCUGUAAGCUCACUGCAACCUGUCAGGUGAGCACAUGGGAUCACUUAGCCUGUAGACAUUUCUGUGAUGCAACAGGACCUGGUCAGAAGUCUUACUGAACCAAUCUGAUAUUUAACAUGACUGUCUUAAAUCAGAGAAAGAUGAUUUGUCUUAAAACUGGAGGAAAGAAUGAUUUUUUUUUUUUUGAAAAAGUCAGAUUGGACUGAAAAAGAAGCAGAAAAAGCAAUACACCGCCUCUCCUUUGGCUUCAGAAAGCUCAAAAGACUGUUUGUGUGAGAGUGAGGCGGUCUGUGAUUCAGAGAAGAGACCUUUCAAUAUUGCAAGUCUAUAGUUUCCCAUCCCUAGUUGCAACCCUGCAUGCAGGACAUGUAUGGUAACCUCCAGUCAUCUCCCAGAAUCCUUCCACAUGUAUGGAAAGCAUGGCCCAUGGUUCUCUCCUCCUCUAAUGCUUCUUCUCCCUCAUCCUCUGCCACCAAUAAGGCCUGGGUAUGCAAAAAGCCACAAAAAUGUUUCCCCCAUAAACCCCCGAGAGGUGCAAGGACUGCAACAAUCUGCUACUGCGAAACAUGGAUGCGUCUUUAACUGCUAUUUUCAAUCAAAUUUUCUAUUGUUUUAAAAAGAAAAGAAAAACGACAAAAAGAGAUUAACUGAGCCAGAUUUUAGACUGUAUUUAUUUCCACCUGUACAUAAUGUGUAGAGAAAAACAGUUACCUGUGUUAUUUUACCUUUUCUCUUUUUAAAGAAAACUGCUUUUGUUGCUUGGAUUAUUCGAAAUGUCUUAAUACAAAUGUUUGUAUGUUACAGCAUGCAAAUCGUCUAUGGUAUCCUCCUCCUACUGAACAUGUGUAAUGUCAAAGGCAAGCCUAUACUGCACUAAGAAGAGAUCAAACUGGACAAGCGUUUUGUUUUCUAAUAAUAGGACCUUUGAUCUGUUACUCUCUGAUAACCUGGAUAUAAAUUCGAUGAGGUGAAAACAUUUAUUAGAUGGACAAGGACUGCAUUCGCUGCUAAAACUCUAUGCACCAACCUGAUGAUUAAAAAGACUUAGUUUAAGGGUGGGGGUGGGUUGUUUUGUUUUUUUACUUUAAAUAUUUGUAGACGAAAAUGUCUAGGGCCUGUAGGUUUAUUCUGCAGCCCGGUGUCUUACAAAGGUCUUGUGUCCGAUAGGAGGAUGCUUGAUUGUUUGAAAAGACGAGACUUUGCCUGGUGGAAGAGCUUGCUGUUCAUGGAGUAACUCCAUGCAUUAUUCUGUCAACAAGAAAUCCCUGGUUCGUGUGUUUUCUGCUGCCUAGAUAUAUGUGCAAUAUUGUGCAGAAGUGUCCGAUGCUCAGCCUACCUGUUGGAUGGCGAAAGCUUGCAGGAAGAGAGACUGGAAUUAUUACGUUUAAAUCAAAAUGCCACAAACAACUAGACUAGCAUAAUAGAUGUGAGAAUAAUAUUUUUUAUUUCUCUUCAAAUAUCAGGUCUUUUAUGUGAGUCAAGAGUCAAAAGAAUAAAAAAAGAGAUCAAAAAUAAAUCUUACAACAAAUCUGAAAAAUUAUUCUUGUUUUUUUGCAUUUUAGCACCAACAAUUUCCCACCAGUAACUUUCUUUGUUUUAAUUAGAUUUGUUUAGGGUUCAAUAUAACCUCAAAUUUUAGUAUUCUUUCCUAAAGCAACCACAACCUAAAAAUCCUGAUUUGAUUUGAAUGAUUUUAAAGAAAACUGCGAUGAAGAAAAAGGAAAGCAAACUUCUGCACAGUGCUGUUAAUGUAUAUCUGUACAUAUAAUUUCUAUAUUUAUUCAAUGAACGUGUCCUAACGUGUCAACAAGUGAAAAACCUACCAA